UUCCCGCUCUCCUCCCCUCUCCUUUCCUCUCCUCUCCUCUCGUCCAUGACACCACAGGUUUCAAUUCCCAGGCCCUCAUACUCCCAGGCCAGGGAGAGUCUGGUGAAAGCGAUCCCUCCUAAAAUCAUCUGUCUCCUGGCCUGUGGGGGUAGGGACUGCCGCUAUGAGGGUCCGGCAUGCUGGAGUACGAGCCAGCAGGCCAUUAAGGGCGUGUUCUCAAGCUGGGUGACCGAUGAUAUUAUUGCAAUGGCACGACCUUCUACACAUCUUAUCAAAAGAUACAGCAUCAUAGAGCAGUUCAAAAGGUUGAACAUUAAAUCCAUCAUUAACAUGCAGCUUCCCGGGGAGCAUGCUCACUGCGGCCCUGCACUGGAGCCUGACAGUGGCUUCACAUAUUCACCGCAGGUCUUUAUGGACAGCCAAAUUUACUUCUAUAAUUUUGGGAUGUCUGAUCAUGGGGUGUCGUCUCUGGAGGGGAUGUUGGAUGCUGUGAAGGUGCUGGCGUUCUCUGUUCAGCAGGGGAAGGUGGCUGUACAUUGCCAUGCAGGCCUCGGCAGGACAGGUGUUCUCAUUGCCUGCUUUCUGGUGUACACGAGUCGAAUCAGUGCCAGUGAAGCAGUCCACUACGUUCGGAUCAAACGACCUCGCUCAAUCCAGACUCGGUCACAGAUCAAUCUGGUGUUUGAUUUUGCCCGGCUGGUGGGCUCCCAGUUGGCCCAGUUCCCAUGCCUGAACAUGCGACACGGUUCCACCUUCAGUCUGCAGCAGUACCUCCAGCGCCAGGCUCUUCUGCUGCAUGGGGAAGAGGCCCGCACCCUCGCACACACGCCCAAGAUCCUACACGUCCUCUGCAGAAUGCUGAUAGCUUUAACCCAAGGGGCAUCAUGUCCUCCAGAGGUCCAGAGAGAAAUGGAGAAGAGGGCUACCAUUUUGGCUGUAAGGAAGGCCGUGAGGGACACACUUUCAAAGAGGAACCUGCCAGUAUUGAGGGAGAGCAGAGGCUCCUGCAGAACGUUCUCCUGCGAGUCCUGGGAUGAGCCAUUUGGGUUCUUGGAAAGGAAAAGGGAGAUCCUUCUCAAUAAACGUAGCUACAGUGAAUCAGAUCUCAGCAAAGUUAUCGUCACUGAGGAUUUCACUUGUACACAGUACUCUCCUAAAUCUGGUGGAGACCCACAAGUCUGCAAUGGACUAAUCAGUCAAGAUCAGAGAAUAACAGAUUCCCAACAGAACGGCAAUGGCAGGACCCUACAGACAGACCAGUGCAAUGGAUCAACAGAUAAACAAGCCUCCAUUCCACCAUCAGCACCUCAUCCGAGUAAUGAGACUGCGAGCAAGAAGACAAAGUAUACGGCAAAGAAACCUCCGGCUGUCCUAAAGUUCAACUCAAGCUUGGAGCUUCGAAGGGAAGAUCACACAUUGGAACAAGAGUUAACAUCUAAAGCUGUGGCUCAAGCAAUGGCACAACAGCAUCCUCCAGUGAACACAGUGUUGAACAGGGCAGCAAUGUUGCAGGAUGAGAUGAACUUGAGUGAAUGUGGCUGGGCUACACUCAUCAUGGAGGCAGAUCCAGUUGUUCUCAGCACACUAUUAUGGACCUGGCUGGACAAACUAAAGGACCCCAUUCUGAAUAAAGAUGACAUCGAGAGGCUGACCUCAACCUGGCCUGCACAAAAUCCUCUUAACACACUGCACAAGUCACAGCGACACACUAUCUGCUGUUUGCUGGUCUGUGUGGGUCAGGUCGCCGCUCGAUGUCCACAGUUUGAACAUUCUAUACUACAGAGACUCAUUCGGGCUUUGACAAGACGCCCUCCAGAGGAAACAGAGAGAAACAGCACCUUGUUUCGGGUCCUCAGAGCUACAAUGAGAGAACUUAACCUACACAACCACCACCUGAAUACUUCAACACAGUGCUGAGAACACUGACAGCAUUAAACUAUUAAAGAGAUGUGUAUAAAGAACCAUUGUUUGGUUAAUUGAGUGAUCGGUUAAUUCAUUUGUGUUUCAGUAUGUACAGUGGCUAUAAAAAGUAUUAUGGACUCUUUUGGAUAAUUAGAAAUGUAUACAUUUAAUUUCACUGAAUAACAUAAUAUCAAAGCAAGUGGUAAGUCUGCAAACAAAUGAUGCAAGACCUUUUAUCAGAGCAUAUUUUCUUAGUUUCAUAAUCAUCUCAAGACGAUAAGAUGAUGUAAUUUUAAACAGCACUUUUAUUGUUUUAUCUUUUAAAAUCGAAUAAACUUCCUUUUGUAAAAUGUUUUGCUUGAAAAGUGUAUGUUUGCUAUCUGUCUUUAAAAUGAAUGCCACUUGUUUUGUUACGUUGUUUUUAAUGCAAUGACAUUCAUACAUUUUUACAUGUAUCAGAUUGUAAGUGUCCAAAUACUUUUUUGGA